AUGACGCCGAAGAGUAUGGGCGGAAACAGCAUCGGCAUGUCCAGCUCCCAGACCAGCGGCCCAGAUAUCAGCUCUACAGUCAGCAGCCUCGGCUCACAAAGUUCUGUCCCCAUGCACCAUCUAGACACCAGCCGGAGCACCGUCGGAACCAGCUCCUCCACCAUGGACGUGGACUCGUACCCCAUGAAAGAAGAGGCGGACGAAGGCAGCAGUAGCACCCAACCGCCACCCAGCCCCAGCCCCGACCCCGGCCCCAGACCCAGCUCCAGUUCCCUCCACUCCCCUACCACGAGCGACGUCAGCUCCGACGCGCUGGAUUUCGCCCGCUGCGGCGUGAAAAGAUCGCCUCCGGCAUCUCCAGCGACAACAAGCCGCCCACUUCUGGCCUCAACGGGUCAGGCACGGCGGGGCCCAGCACUAGCAGUGGCGAGAGUGGCGGACCCAGCCCUUCCAAAGCCAAAGCAGACCCCAACAAAGACCCGGCCUACUUCUUAG